AUGGCCUUCUCAUUCGCUUCUCCUAAUAGGGUGCUCGACAAUAUCAAGCGGCUCGAGCUGCAAGAGGCGGAAUUGCCCUCCUUGCCUAGCAUCCAACCCAACUUUGACUAUGACAGUGGGAUGGAUACCAGUCGGAGCAGCGUGGAUCCUAGAGAGUACGCCGGCCAAGAGAACGUGACAGACGAUAACGUAGCUACGCCUCAUCCAACCAGACGAGCCUUCGCCUCCACUUCCCCAUCAGCCACCCCUCCCCCUGCAUCAACCCCCGCCAACCUAUCUGCUACCACCUCGACAUCACCCUAUCCCCCCGUUCGAGCCUCUCCAGCAGCCAGCGAGUCUCCAUACAUCCCAAAUCGAGCAGCCACGUCUACCCCACAUACGGCCUACUCCCGUUCGCGUCGGUUCGUGAGCGACGACACGCGCUCGACCGCUCGACAUGCCCAGACCUACACCAUGGGCCACUCGAGGAACAGGAGCGAUACAGACGAGUUUGCAGGAAACAGUACGGGAAGGGAGAAGUGGCAUACCCCCGGCGAGAUGAGUGCGAGUUUCUCGCAGGAAGGGAUUGAGGCGGGUGAUGGGUCGCCCGGAUUGCAGGCGGGCGGUCUAUUGGGAUCAGAGAAAUCAGUACCGCUAAGGGACGAGUCUUAUACCUCAAGUACUGGGCCUGGCGAAACACCCAUCACGCAGCGGUUAUUCAAAAGCCACGUCGUCCUCCAGCGGCCAGGAAGGCGGUCUCAUCUCGCCCAGAGCUACAUCAACGAGACUGAUCAGCUCAGCGCCUCUCAGCGUCCAUCGGGAUCAAGCUCGUCCUCUCAGGGACAAGAGCCGGCCGGAGAGGACGCUCUUCUCGUACCCGUCACCGACCGGGUACCCAGCUUGUCCCGGAGCGAGUUCUCCGCUACAGAUGCCAGCGAGGCCGCGUCUACACCGGAAGGGCCAAGUCGGCGGGUCCUCAUUGCAUCGCAAAACUCCCCUGUUCAAGCUGAGGACCGCUCGGUGGAGCAACACCCUUCCGAAAUCCCCGAAAACCCUACAUAUGACUAUCAAGCGGAAGCCUCGGCCUCCUCAUCCUCCUCUGCUCCUUCCUACGACAACACCCCCGCUCCCAUCCGCCAUGCCUCACCUUACAAGCAGUCUUCGGUCCGCGGUAACCCCCCCUUCAGCCAAUUCUCGACACCCGGGAUGGCUCGCGAUCCCGCUAUGGGCCGCAGUGACUAUCUCGACUCCAUGGUGUAUCAGGCGCACACGCCCAUCACUGCCCUCCGGGAUGUAACGGACCAGUUCCAGGCCCCGCCUACCCCGUUGGCGGUACCAUUCACUCCAUCGCCAGUCGGCAUGGUGUCCAAGAAUAGCGACUUCUCCACUCCCCGCGCUCCGUUGGACGACGCCGAGCGGCGGAAGAAUCACGUUCUGGCCGUACUCAGCUCGUCUGGGCUGCCAGCGCGCGAUAGGCGGGGUGUCAGGGGCACACCACACCCCUUGCGCCGGAUGUCGGCCUCUCCCCGAGCAGACUCUAUCCUCGAGGAAGGACUGCCCGGUGCAUCUCCCUCUAUCCGCCUAAACCGGGCAUCUCCCACCCACUCCCGCUCGCACUUCGAUAUCGACCGGUCCGCCUCUGCUCCGCCCAACGAGUCAUUCGUCUCCGUCGCGUCCUCGGCGGACCUCACGACUGACCGCAGAGGAACCGCUCAGCCUCGCUUCUCCCGCGCCAACAUCUCCUUCCCCACCAUCCUUCUUCCUACCCAUCAAGCCGACACCUCCACCCCCGGCGGCGGGGGCUCCCUGAGAGGAAUGGACCACCACCGCGCCGACGGCGUCAAGAUCCACAAGCACCUCAAUGCAAUGAAUAAGCAACUGCUCGAGACAAACGCAGAGCUUGCUCGGGAGGCGGAAGGGUGGCGAGAUGAGGUGGGACGAUUGAUGCAGCUGCUGGAAGAAGCUGGAGUGGAGGUGGAGGAGGUGGAUGUGAUGGCGAACGUGUCGAGGCGGAGCGGCGAGGCGAGCCUUGUCAGCGGUGCCUCGAAUGUUACUGGACAGGACCAACAGUCUGGCCGGGACAUCUCGGUUGGGAUGACGUCUGAGCAGAACGCCGAGAUCGUGCAAGAGCUGGCGGAGAAGCUCGAGGGGCUCGAGGAGAUUCUGAACGAGAAGGACGCGCGCAUCGUUGAGCUCGAAGAUGAGGUGGCGGCGCUGAAGCAGGGCGGCGGCGCGGGAGGUAUCGACGAGCAAGUGCUGGAGCUGCAAGACCAGCUGGAAGAGGCCGAGCGAGCGCGCCAGGCGCUUCAUACCGACUUUGCGAGCAAGACGGAGCAACACGCCAAGCGCUUCGGAGAGAUCUGUUUGGGGUUUGAAGAGCAGGUAGCGGGUCUGGAGGCGGAGUUGGGGGUGGCGCGGAAAGAGGUGGAUAGGCUGCGAGGGGAGAAGGAGAGGUUGGAACGGCUAGCAGAGGCGAACUCGACAGGUGGGCGGGAGGUUGAGCUGGGUCGCCAGGUGCAUUCCCUGAGUACGGAGCUGGAGCGGGCGAAAGCGGACGUCCAAGCUCGCUCAGAGGAGAUAGAGGAACUGGAAGUUGCCAAGCGGGAUGCGGAGGAUCGGGCGGGAGGAGCGGAAGAUGCGCUAGCGGAGAGAGAGGAGCAGCUGCGCUCAGCGUACGACUGCCAGCAGCGGGCGGAGAGCGAGGUGCAUGGUCUGAAGGAGGAGCUGGCGCAGGCUCAGGCGGACCGCGGGGACACCACCGAGAAGGCGGAUGAGCUCGACCGGCUCUAUGCGGAUAUCGACAAUCUCAACGCGUUGGUCGAGGAGCGGGAGGCGGAGCUGGAGGCAUUGCAAGGCCGACUGGAAGUCGCGGAGAUGGCGGCUCGACCACUUCGACAGAGCAUUAGCGCCAGCUCGCCCAUCAAGUCCUCCAGCUCGGAUACUCCGGCCGACGCGGAGGGCGUAUCGGCCGCGGACCAGGCGGGGUUUGUCGCUGCGAUAGAGGACAGGUUGGGCGAGGCGUACCGCGAGAUCGGUCGGCUCAAGCACGAGCUCUCGUCCACGCCUCAUCGGAAGACCACUAUUGAGGCAAAGGACGCCAAGAUCAGGGCGUUGGAACAGGAGAAGGCGGCGCUGCUAUCUAGAGCGUCACCCGUCCGGUCCGCUCAGGCUGCCUCGGGAACCCCUACUCCCGCCGGCAAGCCAACGCCGUUCGUGCAUCGGGCUAUUGCGGAUCUGCGGAUGCCAAAGACACCUGGUCCUCUCAAAGAUCUGUCAUGGCUCAACACCACCAUCGGCGAUGCCAACGAGGGCAUGUACCGUGCCCAACUCGGAAACCUGCACGAAGAGCUUGAGCAUGCCAAUCAACAGCUCGACGACAACUUUUCGCGCCUGGAGGCGGCGGGUCUGGUCGGUAUUGAGCUUGCAGAAAAGCUCGCCGCAGCCCAACAGCGUAUUUCGGACCUGGAGGAUGAGAUCCGGGCGCUCGUUCAUAAAAACAAGGCGUCUUUGGCUCUGGUCCACGCUCAGAGGAAAGAAAACACACAAGAAAGCGAAGAACGGCUCCAAGCUGCACUCUCGGCGGUCCAUACUCAGCUGGACGAGCUCCGCGCCGAAACGUCUCGGGAGCGCAAACGCCUACAAGCCGAUAAUCAGCGUAUGCGGGACGCCAAGACCGCGGCGGAGGAUCAGCUCGAGAAUGAGAUCAACAAUAUGCGGGCGGACGUCAAUGAAGCUAUAGACGCUGCGAACUCGGAAGUCGAACAGGCGAAGCGGGACGCUAUUACCGCUUCGACCGAAACUGGGGCUCUGGCGCGGGAGCUCCAGAGUACCAAGGCUGACCUGGAACAGACGGGGCGGCGGCUCGCUGAGCUGCAGACGUCGGCGGAGGAUCAGCAGAGGCGGCAUGCACGGGAGAUGGGGGCGAGGGUGUCGCCUCAGGAUAUGGCGGAUAAGGUGGCUGAGAUUGAGCGAUUGCGGGGGGUUCAGCGGGAGAAUAAGGACCGGACCGACCGUCUCGCCUCUGACCUGGCCAAGAAGACGUCGGAUCUCCGGCGCGCAGAAGAGCGGAUCGAGGAUCUGCAGGCCGAACGACAGACGGUACUCGCGGAUCUCGAAGACUUUGAGCGUGAUCUCAAUGCUCAGCGAGCGGCGGCGAGGCGGUUGACCGAGGAGCUGCAGUCGUUGCAGGACGAGCAGGCGGGGACGCAAGAGACGAAACAGGAGCUGGCAAGGGUCGUGAGGGAGUACAAGGCCGUCAAGGCCGAGAUGAAGGUACUGGAGAGGGAGAUCAGGCUGGUCAGGGAGGAGAGGGGCGAGCUGGAGGAGUGGAAGAGUACGCAUGUGUGCGAGACAGCUGACCAGUUUAGGGGUAGCAGCCAAGCCAUGGCGGAGCAGAAGGCGCACUUUAAAGCCCAGACUCGAGAUCUCGCCACGCAGAUCCAGUACCUCAAGGCCAAAUAUACUCGGGAAUCGACGUUCCGGAACGGUCUGGCGUUGCAGAAGCGGUAUCUCUUGCUGUUGGUGGGCGGGAUGAGUCUCAACGAACAAGCUACACUGAAGGCUAUUGCAUCGUUUGGCUUCCCCAUGCCCGAACCGCCCCAACGCAAGAUCACGCUCAAGGCUGUGGGGCUGGCGGUCGUGGGACUCAUCAGAGCGAAAAAAUCCGCCGAGGCGUGGAGGGCUGAGAAGGCGCUCAAGGCGGAGGCUGUAGCCAACUUUGGGGAAAGAAGGAGGGUAUCUGGACGAUCAUGA